AGACACUGUCGUCUUCACACAAUUCAGACAAAACUCCAUAGCUGUCUAGAGAGAAAGAACUAAAAAAAAAUGUCGAAAGAAGUGAGCGAAGAGGGACAAACCCACAGCCAUGGGAAAGACUACGUCGACCCUCCACCAGCUCCCCUUCUCGACAUGGGAGAGCUCAAGUCUUGGUCUUUCUACAGAGCCCUCAUCGCCGAGUUCAUCGCCACACUCCUCUUCCUCUACGUCACCGUCGCCACCGUCAUCGGCCACAAGAAGCAAACGGGUCCUUGCGACGGCGUCGGUUUGCUAGGGAUCGCUUGGGCCUUCGGUGGUAUGAUCUUCGUCCUCGUCUACUGCACCGCCGGUAUCUCUGGUGGUCAUAUUAACCCAGCUGUGACGUUCGGUCUGUUCUUGGCGCGUAAGGUGUCUUUGGUGAGAGCUGUUGGGUACAUGAUAGCUCAGUGUCUUGGAGCUAUCUGUGGUGUGGGUUUCGUGAAAGCUUUCAUGAAGACUCCUUACAACACUCUCGGUGGGGGAGCUAACACUGUAGCCGACGGUUACAGCACCGGGACUGCUCUUGGAGCUGAGAUUAUUGGGACGUUCGUUCUUGUUUACACCGUGUUCUCUGCUACUGACCCUAAGAGAAGCGCCCGUGACUCUCACAUCCCCGUUUUGGCUCCACUUCCUAUUGGAUUUGCUGUGUUCAUGGUGCAUUUGGCAACCAUCCCCAUUACUGGAACUGGAAUUAACCCAGCGAGGAGCUUUGGUGCUGCUGUUAUCUACAACAACGAGAAGGCGUGGGAUGACCAUUGGAUCUUCUGGGUUGGACCGUUCGUGGGAGCACUAGCAGCAGCAGCUUACCAUCAGUACAUUUUGAGAGCUGCAGCAGUUAAGGCCUUGGCCUCAUUCCGAAGCAGUGCAACCAACUGAUGAAUGUGAAGAAACAGAAACAGCUUUAAGAUUCGUUAUGCUUUUUAUUUUUAUUUGUUGCUUUAUUUGUGUGUUAAUGAGAGAGAGAGAGCUUAAGUUUGGUGGAUUGAUUAUUAUGUUAAUUAUGGAAUGGGUGCAUGGUUUUUUCCUACCUACUUUGUUAGCUUUUCAGUAUGUAGUUUAGUCUGGUGUGUCUUGAGAAUCAUUUUAAUUUGUUAGUUAUAUCCUUCUCUA